AUGGAAAAUUCUCUCGGGAUUCGUCCCGGGUACGAGUUCUCGCCCUCAGGGAUGGAAAAUUCUCCCGGGAUUCGUCCCGGGUACGAGUUCUCGCCCGCCCGGAUGGAUAAUUCUCCCCAAACUCUAACGGGGUACGAGUCAUCGCCGGGUUUACGGAUGGAAAAUUCUCCCGGGAUUCGUCCCGGGUACGAGUUCUCGCCGGCUCAGAGGAUUAGCAGAAGCUCCGGGUCUCGGCCCGGUAGCAUGCUGUUGCCCAAAGACAGGAAAUUGCUGAGAAAAAGCAAUAUUCCUGUUGCUAACUGCCAGCUUUACGCUGCGGUCUGUCGUGGAGGCGGUAGGAAAGCCGUCUCCCAGGCUCAGAAGCCAUCUAAGGCCGAAAGAACGGCCUUAUCUCUUCCUCAAAAUUCUGAAUUGAAUGUUGAGGUUGAGAAACAAGCCCGUAAGCCACGCAGAAAAGGCAGGGGUUUCGCCUCGAAGGUGAGAUCGCAGGCAGCAUUAAAAGAGCUGCCUGUUAAUGCCACCAACUCCUCUGUCGAGAUUGAAUCCGACAGAGAAGAAUUCCAAGAGGUUCAUAUCCUCUCCGACAGCAUGGAUUCUUUCAUGCUUGACGACGCUGUCGAGAUAAAUUCUCCGGUAGGUGAGCAUGUCAAGUUAAAUGACCGUAAGCCACGUAGAAAACGCGUAGGCCUAGCCUCGAAAAAGGUGAGAUCGCAGCUGGCGUUAAAAAAGCUGUCCGUCACCUCAAGUCCAUGUGUUGAGGCUGAGAAGCGCAGCACACAAGAGCUGGAGAACGUUGAUAGUCUCCCCGAAAGUAUGGAUUCAUCCCUAUUUGAGGAUUUGAUUGAAACAAAUCCUCCUUUGAAACGGAAUGUGGACAUUCCAUAUCCAUAUGAUGCCUUCAGGUAUUUUCCAAAUAUGGAUGAGGAUACUUUUAUGGGCGGUGGCAUGUCUUAUCUAUUGCUAAGCGAUAUUGUGCCUGAAUAUUUUAUGGAAUCGCAAUAUAAUCGUAAUUUUAAGACAAGGCCCUACGGUUUUGACCUAGAUCUGUGUUUGCUCCAGAUCGGAUUAGAAGACCUGCAGAGCUCUCCUAAUGAAAUGGCGACAACUGUAGCCUUAACAUUUGGAAUCGCUGAGUAUCUUCCACAUUUUACAGCCAAUCUCGGCUUGCUCAGUUCACGUGGCUAUCAAAAUUUUUUGACCACCGGUGUUUUCGAUCCAUCUUUUGUGAUCUUUAACCCAUUGCCUCGGCUCCCAGCCAAGUUGGUUGUUCCUCUGUACGAUGGAACCCACUUCGGAGUUGCAAUAAUCGAGGUUUCCGACACAGGAGCCGUAAAAGGGGUUUUGAUUGACACCCUAUUCGGCAUGAACGGCCGUCCAAUUUUGAGUUCGACCAGUCCAAGUAUCAGACAAUAUUUAAACAGCGUCUGUAAAUCCGUGUUCAAUAAAGACUGUUUAUUGAUAGAGGAGAUUGGUCACAAAUUUGACCGACAGUAUGAUGGAGUCAGCUGCGGUUUCCAUACUGUCCAUAACACAUUACUGUACCUAAUGUGCUCGGAAAACGACGAAGAAGUCCGACCGUUAGGUCUAGCUUCACGGCAGUUGAGAGAAUUGCUGUUGGGACAAUUGUCAAGACAGUUCCAGCUUUACGGCGCCACACAGGCGGAAAGACUUGCUCGGUGGUCUAAGAUUGAAAUUAUUCCACCUCAAGGUCGGCCUUCGAUUCAAGAUAUUAGGCUGUUGCCACCAACAACCCCACAAAAAAGAAAGGCGAAAGUUGUUGCGACAACUCCGACCAAAAAGACAAAGGCCGUUGAAAUUAUAAUAGAAAAGUCACCUGUGACUCAGCCAGAACCUGUGUUUGCGGUUCCGGAAACUCCACGAAAAAGGAGAUCAGUUACGAAGCGGCAGACGGCUGAGGAAAACUCAAGUAAGGUUGACGCCUCUCCAAAGAAACCCAGGGCUUCCCCAAGCAAUAAGUCAGCUGAGGACAAACUUAUGAAACGGUUUGACACAGUUAACAUUUCUCUCAUGAUAGCGAAAGAAGAGAAAGCUCUCGAGAUUCCUGAAGUCUCUGAAGGGUACAAACUAUAUGCUGAGGCAAAGUAUCCAAGACAGCAUUAUCGCUACAUGGUCCAGUUGUUUAAAGACGCUAACCGUGUUAGCACGAGCACAAAGACAUUUGAAGAGAGACUCCUCGGAGAAUCUGAAAUAUCUUAUGUUGAGAAGGAUGAUGACGAGUUUGAUGCUCGGCUUCUCACUUUUUCACUGGCUCAAAUGAUAAGCCAGUCCGGGAGACCGGUGGGACUCAUCUCUCCAGCAUGGUCACUGGAUACAUCUGCUGAUCCUGCUGACUAUACUUUGAUUAAUAUUGGGAAUCUGAAAGAAAAUGAAUCAGACCCUGCCAUAUUCAUUCCAUUGAUUAUGGUAAACCGACCCUCACGUAAGACUAAAAAGAUUUUAACAUCCCGUCAUUUCGUGCUGGCAAUAAUGUAUAAAUCUAGGCGAUCAGCGAAUGUCACGCUUAUUGACCCUGCUCGAACCGGGAUCAAUGCCCGCGACUUUGAACACAUGUUUCAAAAAGUUUAUGAGAACGUUUUCUGUCCUCAAACCGGCGCAAAUCCGCAAGCCCAAAUCUUUGUUACGUCGAGUUCCAGUCAGUACUACUGGACGGAUGACGGCAACUUUACUGCAAAUUACGCGGUUUCUAAUGCAGAGGUCUACUUGCGCUCAAAUGGAAUGCCACCAAACCAGGUGCAACGUUGGCCACAUGGCCGAGCAGCAAAUUAUUCCAAUCGAAUUUUGAAUUCAAUCUUUUGCAGCUCUGCGACUGAUAACGUUUAUCAUCAGCUUUGCCUAGACUUUGAAAAUGAAACUAAGGCCGACAGUCCGCCGGCACCUCCAAGAAUGGCAGUUGCGAAAACGCAGCCUGCACCAAGGCCUCCAACUCCUCCUCCAUUCACUCCAAGGACCCAGACAAAGGGCAUGGUACGGAGGAGUCAAAAGGACUAUGUUCAAAAAGAAGAACUAAAACGGUCAAAGUCUUCCAAGAAAGGGCGGACCACCAUGCACUGUCAGGCCUCUCACAGUAGCGGCUAUUAUUAUCGGCACCCAUAUCACGUGGGUCUUUUCUACGAUUGCCCGCAUUGUCAGGCAUGGUUGCUUUCUGGAGAGACUUCUUCAGAAUGCUGUAAACACGGCCAAGUGGUCAUGCCAGACCUUCGAGACAUGCCUGAGUUUCAACAAAAUUUGGUUCUUGGAGAAGGGAGUUUCCCCCUGAAACCUCUUCCCAAGGAGUACUACCUCUGUUAUCGAGAUGAGAGCCCCAGAUUAAACCAAAUGUACGCAUUUGGGGCACAAACUGUACACCAGUCCGAUCCACCUGGACGCGGAGCGCCAGUGGUUAAUAUUAAUGGACAAACGACGUAUCACGUCUCUAACCCGGAAGGAAUCUCGAAUACGCUUCUUCUUGGGCAGUUGCUGAGAUUUGCCCCGGAUCUAACAGACGAUGACGUUUGUGAUCAAUUAAAAAAGACAAAAAUGUACACAAACAUGUCACAUAAAGCUGCGUUUGAUGCGUUAACCGCGUUCUUCUAUAAUUACAUUCGCCAGUACAACGACUUGGCGCAAAUGUAUUAUACAAUUAUUGAACGGCAACAGCUGCUUGGUUUGGAAGGCAAACCAAGUGAAAAUUACUUGCUGAAAAUUGUUGAUGCAAAAGAUCUGAGUCCUGAAUUAAGGCAACAGUUGCUUCCUAAGGACCUUCACGAAAGGCAGAUCAAUAAACCCGAAGUUGCGGAACAUGCCGUUGUUUAUAUAAACGAUGAGAACGGUAAUGUUAAGCUUCCGCCCGGUAUGGUUGUGUUCAGUCGAGGUCACCAAUCGGCGAAGUACAAGGCUUAUAUGCCUGAACUUGACGCCUUUCUUUACCCUCUUCUGUUUAUACAUGGCGAGCCAUACUUCCACCGACAUCUUCCAUUGCGAGAUGUUGGUGAAGAUGACAUACUCCCAGAGCCUCGGCCUGGAGAUGACGAUGAGUUCGUGCCUUUUGAGGUGAAUGUCGCGUUGAAUCCGCUUCCAGCCGGGUUGAAAGAAAACGAGGACGACAUUAACAUAGAAGAAUUGGAAGAAGCGGCCGACGAGAACGAUCUUCUUCCCAAGAAAACAAAGCCAAAGGCAAAGAAGUGCUCUUUGCGAAUGCAAGUCAAGUAUAGGCUUCAGCGAAGACCUCGAGAUCGGGGAGUUCAUCGAAUUUAUAACCACUAUAAACUCGGUGGCCGCUGGAUCUGCCAAAAAGCCUUGGGAAUCGAAGAACAGGUCUUUGAUUACUACGAGAAAAACGUCAUACCCAAGCGACGCGUCGACGCUAAAUAUGUCCGCGAAAACUUUUCGGAACUUCUCAAGCAGAAGUCCAAAGGCUAUCAGCUCGGUAAGCUGACCAGGAUGCCUCCAGGUCACCGAUACAGCCGUCGCUAUUAUCAGCGACAGUAUUCGAACUGUGUAGCAAUGGCUCAGACAUUGGGUUCGCCCAGUUUCUUCAUAACGUUGACUGCAAACUCAGAAUGGCCCGACUUCCUCCAUCUAUGCGGAAAUAAAGGAAUUGAGCCGAAGAAUGCAUACGACAUUCUAAACCGAGUUUUUCGGCAAAAGGUUGUCGAACUCAUGAGGCGUAUCGCGCCUCCGCAGAAAGGACAACAAGGGUGGUUUGGGCAAUGCCUAGGCUACUACAUGUCUUUGGAAUUCCAGAAAAGAGGAAAUCCACAUGUUCACUUGCUCCUCUGGACUGAGCACAAAGAAAUGUCGGCCCACGUUGUCGACGAAUUUAUAUCGGCCCGAUUUCCAGACCCCGUCGCCGAUGCUGAAGUUCAUGACAAGGUUCUUCGGUACAUGAUCCAUGACUGCAAAGAAACCGAUCUGUGCCGGGACAAAAACGGAAAGUGCACCCGGCGCUAUCCUCAGGAAAUUGUUCCGGAAACCAGAAUUGGCCCUGGAUAUGUGGCCUAUCAAAGGUUGGAGCGUGGAAAGGACGUCACAGCCCCAGUCCAUUCCGGAAGUAAAAUGGUGGACAGCGUUCAACGCGUCUACAACGACCGUCAUGUUGUACCAUACAACAAGACUUUGCUCACAUGGUGGGACGGUCACUCAAACGUUGAGGCUGUGUGCACCAACGGCACCCCCGCAUACGUAUUAAAGUAUAUCUUAAAGGGGAAUGAUCAAGCUAUCGUUCAAGUCAUUUCUGAAUUUGAAGCUCUCGAAGCUCAGAAGCAGAAAGAAAAGGAACUUGAAAAAGAAAGACAAGCAAAGCUCGGCGAGGACCACCCGUUCGAAGAGAAUGAGAUUGACCCCGAGAAAAAGAAUAAUACCGAGAAGGUAUAUGGCAUUGAAAUAAAUCCAAAGACUAAGAACGUGGAUAUUCAUGAGCCCCAAUUCUACAUGGGCGCAAAUUACAUCACGCCCCAAGAAGCUCACCUUCGCAUUUUCAGCUUCGGGCCUGUCUUCGUCUCCCACAUUGUGGAGCAAAUUGGCAUUCACAUGCCCGGAGACAGCCAUGUUUACGCGGCUGACGGAGAGCCUAUCGAAAACAUAGCACAAAGAGUCAGCAACCUGAAUCCUAAUGUGUAUUCCCGGUUGACCGCAUACUUUGAGUACUGCGCAGAAAACGCUGAAGAAACAGCUGAUCUGACGUACGUUGAAUUGAACAGAACCUAUGCGUACGACUACAAGACAAAGACGUACAGAAAGUACAAAAAACAAAUGAAAAAGAUCGUGCAAUUGCGCGAAGUCUCGGUGAAGAACAAGGAGUUAUUGGCCUUGAGAUCAAUUAUUCUGACCGUUCCAUGCCUCAAGAGCUUCGAAGAGUGCCGAACGCACGAAGACCAGAUCUUUGCCACGUUCUUGGAAGCUGCACAAGCUCGAGGACUCUUCCAUUCAGAUGUCCUCUGGCGACAUGCUCUUGAUCAAGCCCGGGGCCGCACAUGUAAACACUUUGUGUUUUUGUUUGCCCAAGUACUAAUUGAAGCAGGUGAACUUAUUGAAGACCAGCUUCAACUGUGGAACGACUACAAGAUCCACAUGUUGAUGCCUCCGUUCCACAGACCCAAUAUGCCGGAUGAUGAAAUUAGGCAAAGGCAGGAGCGUAGAGCUUUGGAACUUCUCAGUUAUUACCUCUCCAACAUGGGUGGGAAGUACGAGUCGUUCAAUUUACCACCACUAACUGGAACUUACGAUCCAGACGUUCACGGUGAGAACGAGGACUUAUUUAUCGGUGAGUUCGACAGCACUGAUCGUCCUGCUGAGCCUAAAAAGCCUAAGGUCAGCUUUGGAGAUGAUCAGCAAUACGCAUUCGACAUGAUAACGAAAGCAUUGGAAUUGGCGCCUCAAAACAAAGCCAUUCCACACCGUCAAUUCUUCUUACAUGGAGCAGGCGGAACAGGGAAAACAACCCUUUACAAUGAGCUCAUUGACUAUUGUCAAGAGCAGGGCAUCAAGCACGCAGCAACUGCCACAACUGGCGUUGCUGCGAACUUAAUUAAGACCGGGCAGACUCUUCACAACCUGAUAUGGGCCCCGAUUAAUCUUGACUCGGAUACUCUUCCGACACUAAAGUACGAAGAUCAAAAAGCCCAACGUCUUCGUGAACUUGGCUUAUUGAUCAUCGACGAAUCAAGCCAGCUUAACGUCGAUCUUUAUAACUAUUUGCAACGGCUCUUACGUCACGUUCGAAAAGCGGGCGACAUUGACCGUCAAUUAGUUAUCGUGUAUGGCGGCGAUUAUCAGCAGAUAUUGCCAGUCUGCCCUGAUCUAUCGAUUGGUCAAGAGUGGACAAAGUCCUUAAUUUCAAAGGCUUCUGAGAUGCAGUACAUCGUACUGAAACAAAAUCACAGAACAAGAGCCGAUGAACGGAGCUACAGACAGUUUCUCAGUGAGAUUGGCUCCGGGACUAACUUCAGUUCAACAUUGUCCUUGAUAUCUCUGAGGCAUAAGCUUCAUCCAGAGAUACACAACCACACAAGUCCUCAAGACAUGAUCGAGGCUGUGUUCCCUCGGAGUCACCUCCAGUUGGGUCUCCAAGAUAGACCGACGGCAAUGGCUAUCUUAGCUCCGAGGGUUCAGACUGUAAUGAACCUGAACACAGAAAUUCUUGACCGUUUCCCCGGUAAAGAACAUGUAUACGUCUCGGUAAAUACCCCGAAUCCCGAGGAUGUCAGUAACUUUGACCAUACUGUCAUCGAAGCAAUGCAAGAACAGAUUUGCAAAGUAAACGACGGCAAUAUGCCUCCCGGAGAACUCAAACUCAAAGUUGGAGUUGAUGUCGUUUUGCGCAAAACUUAUCCGUUCGAACAGGCUUUUCGAACGGAACAAGAAUGCGCGUAG